AUGCCUCCCUCAACUUCAUGCAAUGGAUUAAUCCUGAGUGAUAGGAUGGCUCGCUCUCUGUAUGACUGGCUGUGGCAGCACGAGUUGUGGUUGCCCCCAGGAAUCACCUGGGAGGACAUGCAAGAAUCUGAAGACACUCAUUACCCUCAACCUCGUGAUCUCCUGCUCAGUAUCCCUUAUGCCUUAAUCUUAGUAGUCAUUCGAUUUGCCUUUGAAAGAGCCAUAGCCUUGCCCCUCAGUACCAAAUUGGGUGUGAGAGACAAGCAGCGACCAAAAGCUCAGCCCAACCCCGUGCUGGAAACAUUCUAUAGUGCACGCCGCAAGAACCCUGAAGAGGGUGAGCUGCUCAGUUUAGCCAAGCGAUGUGACCUGCCAGUGAGGAAGGUGGAGAAGUGGUUCCGGCACCGGAGGAACAUGGACCGGCCCAGCCUGUCAAAGAAGUUCAGUGAGGCCUGCUGGAGAUUUACAUUUUACAUCAUUUCUUUCUUCACUGGACUCGCUGUCCUGUACGAUAAGCCUUGGCUUUGGGACCAUAGAGAGUGCUGGACGGGAUAUCCACAACAGCCUCUCCAACCCUCUCUGUCCUGGUAUUACAUGCUGGAGCUCUCCUUCUACUGGUCACUGGUCUUCACUUUGCCCUUUGACAUAAAGAGGAAGGAUUUCAAGGAGCAGAUAGUCCAUCAUGCUGCAACCAUCUUCCUGAUCAGUUUUUCAUACUGUGCCAAUUACAUCCGCAUUGGGACACUGGUGAUGGUGAUUCAUGAUGCUUCUGAUUGCUUUCUAGAGCCAACUAAGAUAUUCAAUUACAUGAAGUGGAAAAAAACUUGUGACAGCCUCUUUAUGAUCUUCUCAGCUGUUUUCCUAAUCAGCCGCCUGGUUAUUUACCCCUACACAGUGCUUUAUAACACCUACUAUUACUCCAUGGAGAUAUUCCAACCCUUCUUUGGAUACUACUUUGUGAAUGUUCUCCUGAUAAUUCUGCAGCUGCUCCAUGUCUUCUGGUCCUGCCUAAUUAUUCACAUGGUCUACAAGUUUGUCCUCCAUGGCACGAUGGAAAAGGACAUGAGAAGUGACACAGAAGAAAGUGACAAGGAUGAAGAAAGAGAUAAAAUUAAAGAAAAGGAGAAAAAUGGGAUUACAUAUUUCAGCAACGUCACAAGCAAUGGUUACAUCCAGAGGAAUGGGUCUGAGCCCCUGGACAACAGAGCCCACCUUGCCAAUGGCCAUGCCAAAGAAAGAUAGCUGCUGUCCAUGUGCUGCUGGUCUGGCCUGCAGCAAACCCAGGCCACCAUCUGUAGAAACAGUUUUGCUCACUGUGUAGAUAAAUAGGAGUGCAAUUGCAGUAUUGUAGCUGAAUUCCUGCUUCCCAUAAACCAAAGUGUUUAUAGUCAGUGAUAUUUGAAGGAAGUCUUUUGUUUUCCUUCAGUAAAAUCUUACUAUAGGUUGUAGCCUCAAAAGAGAUAGCAAGGGAUCAAAGUGGUUUGACUUGUAUUAAGACUGUACUAUAAUUGUUGUCAAAUCUGUUAAUCAUGUAAAAUACUUUAAAAAUAAAAAGGUGGAUAA